GCCCCGGGGGAGAGAACGCAUUUUGUUUGGGGGACUUGGGACAAGUUCAGCAGAAACUCAUAGUGAAUAAGUUUCCUUCUGAAGUUGGGUGUGUGUGACAGACAGGGGGCCUUGCUUGGUCGACCUGAGCAGCUAUGCUUUCUGUAAUUUCAGUGGAUAAAAUAAAUCUGGGGUAACUCUUGCUGCACCCUUCCGGACAGAGACUCCGUAGCCAACUGAUCCCCUGCCUUGUCUUGUUAAAAGCUGUUGUGUAGUCCUCUGUCCUGGGCGGCUGAAGCCCAGCUUCCUGGCUCCCUUCCAGGCCCUGUUUUGCUCCUUUUCCUGCCCUUCUGAGAGAGGAGAGCAGCACAAAAGGUACUCUGUGUGUGGACAGGGAGCCCUUUUCUUCCAGGGCUGGCCUGUUCUGCCGUCUGCUUCCUGUUUAGCCAGGCAGCAGACCCAGAUUGGAUCCAUUUGCUCCCCCACUUGCUGUGUUUAUUUGAAGCCUUACAAAGUUGUGCAGCUGGCAGAAAAUUAGAUUCAGAGUUCUUGGCCCGCUGUGUCAGGCUUGUGAAAUCCGGGAGAAGGGGAAGGCAGUGUGAAGGUCUGAGUUAUGUAGGUAUUCCUGCAACACUAUCCCCUUCCAUCUUGGGGGGCUGGAUCCUUACUCCCGAGAAACUGGAACGUUGGUGGAAGUUCCAUGACAUCAGGGCAGCUCAGCCAGCAGGGGAGAGGGUGGGGCUGGCAGGCUUCGGCCAACGAUGCCGCCUGGGCAAACCUAGACAGGCUACAAACAGCACCUCGUCCCCGUCUGGGAGGCUGAACAGUUUCUCCACCAGAGAAGCCUUUGCGGCUGUGUGUCUGGCCAGUGUGCAGAGAUGGGGGGUCCUGCUUGGGGCAUCCUCGGUUCCUCCCUUUUACUCCUCGGGGCCUUUUGGGGACUCGUGUGGGGCAGGCAGCAGAUGGGCAAGCUUGCAGACAAGAAGCUGUGUGCCGACGCUGAAUGCGACCAUCCCAUCUCCAUCGCGGUUGCUCUCCACGACUACAUCGCGCCCGACUGCCGCUUCAUCCACAUCCAGAGGGGCCAAGUGGUCUAUGUCUUCUCCAAGCUGAAGGGCCGUGGGCGACUCUUCUGGGGAGGCAGUGUGCAAGGAGACUAUUAUGGGGAGCAGCCAGCCCGCCUGGGCUACUUCCCCAGCUCCGUCGUCCAGGAGAACCAGUACCUGAAGCCAGGCAAGGUGGAAGUGAAGACUGACAAAUGGGACUUCUACUGCCAGUGACUCAAGGAG